GAACACAGGCCAAAAAGCCACCAUUUUUUGGUUCUUAACUGGCUCUUCUCUUAUUUAUUGCAAGCUUCCCUCCUCUCCUCUUCAGCUAACAAGAAACCAUUGAAAAAAAUACAUUUAUAAGAUCACCAUUUUCAGAUCCUCAGAUCUCUGUUCUGGUACUUUUUUUCAAUAAAGUUUGAAGCUUUUUGAGGAUUAUUAUCAAUGGCAGAGAAACCAUGGGUGAGGAUGGUGACUGCACAGACACCAACAAAUAUAGCUGUGAUAAAGUACUGGGGCAAGAGAGAUGAGACCUUGAUUUUGCCUGUUAAUGAUAGCAUAAGUGUCACUCUUGAUCCGGCUCAUCUUUGUACAACCACAACUGUUGCUGUUAGUCCUAGUUUUGACCAGGAUCGGAUGUGGCUCAAUGGAAAGGAGAUUUCCCUUUCUGGAGGCAGGUACCAAAAUUGUUUAAGGGAAAUUCGUGCCCAGGCUUGUGAUGUUGAGGAUGAAGAGAAGGGUAUCAAGAUUGCAAAGAAGGAUUGGGAGAAAUUGCAUGUGCAUGUUGCUUCAUACAACAAUUUCCCUACUGCUGCUGGACUGGCUUCCUCUGCAGCUGGCUUUGCUUGUCUUGUUUUUGCCCUUGCAAAGCUGAUGAAUGCAAAAGAAGACAAUAGUGAACUUUCUGCUAUUGCAAGGCAAGGUUCUGGCAGUGCCUGUCGCAGUUUAUUUGGUGGAUUUGUGAAGUGGAUCAUGGGAAAAGCUGAGGAUGGAAGUGAUAGCCUUGCUGUUCAACUUGUAGACGAAAAGCACUGGGAUGAACUUGUUAUUAUUAUUGCUGUGGUAAGUUCACGGCAGAAAGAAACAAGUAGCACCACAGGAAUGCGGGACAGUGUUGAAACUAGCUUGCUUUUGCAACACAGAGCUAAGGAAGUUGUACCAAAACGCGUUAAACAAAUGGAAGAAGCCAUAAAGAAUCGUGAUUUUGGAUCUUUUGCACAAUUAACCUGUGCAGAUAGCAAUCAGUUCCAUGCAGUCUGCUUGGAUACAUGUCCCCCAAUAUUCUACAUGAAUGAUACAUCUCACAGGAUAAUCAGCUGUGUUGAAAAAUGGAAUCGCUCAGAAGAAACACCUCAGGUAGCUUAUACGUUUGAUGCUGGGCCCAAUGCAGUUCUGAUUGCACAUAAUAGAAAGGCUGCUACCCAGUUAUUGCAGAAGCUGCUUUUUUACUUCCCUCCAAGUUCCGAUGCUGAUUUGAACAGUUAUGUUAUAGGUGAUAAGUCUAUACUAAAAGAUGCUGGGAUUGAAGAUAUGAAGGAUGUGGAAGCUUUGUCACCACCUCCGGAAAUUAAGAAUGCCCAGAGAAGCAAAGGAGACGUCAGUUAUUUCAUCUGUACGAAACCUGGUAGAGGUCCUGUUUUGCUCUAUGAUGAAAGCCAGGCUCUUCUCCAUCCUGAAACUGGGCUGCCCAAAUGAACUUAGGAGCACAUUUAACUUUUCAUGCACUUCCGUACUUUUUAGUCUUUGUUGACCAGAGUUGGACACUUCUGUGAGCCUGAAGUGAUUCUCUCAACUGUUCCUCGCAAAUUUGCAGUUAAUGCUGCUUUUGCCUUGCAUUUGUAAUUUAUUUUAUAUUUCAGUCCAUUCAAGUUUUCGGUCUCAACAAUGAAUAAUCUAUCCGUUGCUCCUUCUAGGCUCCUUUCAGCUAUUAGCCUUAAAUAAUUUUUAUGAUGUUUCCGAAAUUUUGUAUCAGUUUCUGUCAUAAAUCAAUAAAUUCUUGGUUUACCUGUUA